AAAUAAAAAAGAUGAAGGUGUGUGUAGCUGCCCAAGUGUUCAGCCAUUCAGUUGCUGCAACAAUGAAUCUUUUAAUUAUUAAUAAAGGAUCCCUGUGGAGUGAAACAACUUUAAGUGAAGAUGCUCGUGGAACUGUUGACUUGGUGAAAUUUAUUGAUGAUGUUUUUGAUAGUGUUAAUGGUUCAGCAAAAAAAGACUUGAAGGGUAAACCACUAAGAACGUCUGUAUCGAUGGAGGAACGUAGCAUACAUGAAGGUUGUUGGAAUGUAGCUAUUCAAGUUUUCCAAAGUAUGUAUGUCGUGGAAAAUGGACAGAAGAAAGUAAUGCCAUGUUUUAAUAACUGGUUAAUUACUUUAAAAGGUCUCAAAAUUUUAAGAAAGCAAUUGAAACUAUUUGGCUUCAGUAGAAUAAAAACUAGGCGAUUUAAUCAAGAUCCCGUGGAAAACUUGUUUGGUAGAAUUCGCCAAAGAGGUCAAAGAUUUACAAAACCAACAUGUAAAGCGUUUGGUACAUUUUAUAAAUCACUUCUUUUAAAUGGUUUAGUAUCAAAGCUCUCGGUAGGAUCGAACUGUGAAGAUGAUGAAGGGUCUAUACUUGUUUCUUUACAAAAAUUCAUUACCCAUGUAAAGCGAAAUAAGAGUAGGUAACUGGUAAUGUGGUGGUGGUGAAAUUAUUUAUUAUUAUAAAAUUAUAAUGAGAAUAUUAUAUUUUAUUUUAUUUUUUGGGAUAUCAGAUAGAUAUUAUGGCUCUCAAGUAUUACUAUCCAGCCAGAGGUAUGCUAUCAACAUAGAAUAAAAGGUAUAUAUUAAACAAUAUAAAAAAUGCACAUGAAGUAUGAUUAUAUUUGUGAGUAAUAAGGUAAGAUUUUUGUUUAUAAAUUUAGACCAUAAGGUUGUAUACUCGUUGUAUACUCGGAUUAAUUUAUUUUUUAUUGAAAAGGGUCUAACUGAAGAUUCAUUAGAUGACAUAGAAACUCCGGCAUUUGAAAAUUUGCCUGAAAGUUUUCAGUCACCAAGGCCGUUAGAGGGUGCUGCCCUAUCCUAUAUGGCUGGAUAUAUUGUAAACGUCAAGACAAAACUGAAAGACUGCAUUGUUUGCAAGUGCAAUGUCCUGGCACUACAAAAUGAACCUGACGGUUUGGAUUCUUUAAUUACAUUUGAAGAAUAUGGCAACAAAAAUAUAAAGCGUUUGAAAUAUUGCAAUUUGGAACUUAUUGCAAAGUUAAUAAAAACGUACAAUAUUGCAAAAUAUAUUUUAUCCGUUAGGCCUGCACAAAAAAGAAUAUUAAGAUGCAUAGUGGCCACUGUAAAUGCAAAUGUAAAUUUUAAUUUUGUUUAUUGUGAACAUUCUGCAUCUGUAAAAAAGUCUGUUAUUGUGGGGUUCAUAAAAUUAGUUAUAUUUAAUUAUUUCAAUGGUAUUAAUAACAUCAUUACAGGGAAGGGUGAAAGGAAAUGGGAACAAAAAGAGAGUAUACUGUGGAAACAAGCUAGAUGUUUUCAUGAAACGAAAAUAUUUAAAAAUAAAUUAUAAUAUAUCCAAAGCUUUAUAAAAAAUGUUUUGUAUAUUGCAAGAGGGUACACACCUAAAACAUAAUAUUUAUUUUAUAAGAUUUGUAUGCAAGAUCACAUAUAAGGAAAAUAUAAGGUUUGUUCCAACAGUUGCGGUUGCGGGUAGUUUGUGAAUUGUCAAUUUCCGCAGUUGAUUGUUGUGAUCUUUUAAAAUAUACAUUUCAUCUUAAUAAUAAUGAGUACUAACUUUUUGAAGUGAAAUAAUACUUUUUAUCGGAUUUGUUGAUAUAUAAGCUGAUACAAUUUAAUAUCUAGAUAUUAGUAGAUAGUAAAAUUGUUAUUUCAAUCAGUUAAUUAUAUUAAUUAUUAAAUAAAAAUUGCAUGUUUUGGACAUAAUUAUAUUCUUUAUCGUUAGUCUCUGGCCGUGAAAUAACUUCAUUUUGAGUUCCGACAAUUUGAAAAUGGCCUGCAGCUGUUGGAACAAUCUUAUGAAUUUGUUAAGUUAUGCAAAUAUAAGAAAAUUGGUAAUACGUAGUAUAUUAUACUGAGAAUAAUUUAGAUAAGUACGUAAGUAGUAAGUAUAUUAAAUAUGUUCUUUCCGUUGUAAUAAACCAUUUUUAGUAUA